UAAUUUGCAGUGCUUCAGUUGGAUCGUCGUCUGUGCUCGAGUUUGACGCAGAGAAUAAAAAUUGCUUACACUCCCAUGUUUUUGUUUGAAUAUUCCAAACUUAAGAAGCAUUUAAAGUUGCUGGUGAAGAAUGGUUUACCUAUCAUUAAACUGCCCUUCUCUGUGUGUAUUCGCUUUUGGUAUACAGCUACUUUAACAGUGGAAAGUUUGAAUUGAAGCGUUAAAGUUAAAAUGCCCAUAUAUUUUGCAUUUCAAAAGGCAAUGAAUGGCCUUGUACUAACCUCUUCUCUCUUUUUGUUCAAAUUUGUUUUACAAACCCAAUUCUCCCUGUUUUGUUGUUUAUUUGCUGCAUGCUGUAGCCCAUACUUCUGGCUUAGAAAGGCCACUUUAUAGUUUAGUUGCAGGCAUGCAACCCCCUUCAUCAUCCAGUGCCCCUCAACCCCCCCCAUCUUUCCUCGCCCUUUCUGAUGCCGACCAUUUUGUUCCCGUGGUCCCAGCUUAGGCACAAUUCAGACUCGCCCGACACUGACGCGGGCGACAUUGCAUGCGAAUGUUCAUCUGUUGAGUCUUUAGAUCGGCGUGACCCUCUCACAGGUCACGCUUCUCGAGCAGCGGGUGAAAUUAAAUGUGUUGAAUCACUUGAUGGCAACUGUCCAAGUUUAACACCAACUCGCACAACUGCAUCACAAAAAGUUCCAUUCUACCAGGGGGGUUGUGUUCAUGCAAUGGGUUUAGAGGAAGGUUGCGCACCUCAUUUUUGCCAGGAACAUCAUCACAUCUCAUGUUGUACUGAAGAAUGCCCCAUGCAGCAUGAAGAAACUUCAGACUUUGCCACCAUGGAACGUGAAGAAUACGAUGUAAAUGAGUCUGCAUCAUCAGAAUCUUGUAAUUCGUACUGUUUAGGCGACGAGGCUGAUGUUCACAGUGCUGCAUUCCAAGAGAUUCCUUUUGAUUAUAUACAGUCAGAGUUGGAAACUCCUGUGGCUUCAGAUAUAGAAUUUCCCCAGGUAAGUGAUGGAGAAAAGGAUGAAUUUUUCAGCAUUGCUUCUUCGUUUUCCAUAAUGUCUGAAGACAGUGAUACAGAGCAACAUUCUAUAGCCCUUGCAGAGAUGAAGUUGGAAGUUUGUGAUUUUGAAAAUGAGCUUUACUUCACUGCACCUUCAUCGCCAAUAAUGUCACCAAGACCCCGAUCAAAGAGGCCAUUGAAGGCUAUAAAGAGAGCAUUUGGAUCUCGACAGUUGUCCAGCUCUGAAGUUUUGUUCAAUGCCGAAGAUAGAAGUGGAGCGCAAACUCCAGAUUCAGUUGUACGUAAAGCAAAACGUCAGUAUGUGACGAGCCAUCAGCCAUUAGAUUAUGAUUGUAACUGUUGUGACAUAACAACUGCUUCAAGAAGCACCCAGCUUUCAUGUAAAAAAGAUCCCGGAAUGCCUUUGGUACAGCGUUUUGCUGUAGAUCAACAUGAGGGUGCGGAUACUCUGCCUUGCACUUCUGUUUGUGAUAAAUGUGAAAUUUUCAGUGGUAGUAAAAUGCAGAUAAUUCCUUUAUGUAAUGCUUAUUUCAUGCCUGAGGCAGCUGCAAUAAAUACCAUACAUGUUCAAGCUGGUCAUGUUAAUGUUGAUGCUUCUAGUAACGCUGUAUAUCAUUGUGUGCCAUCAAGCAACACCGACUGUUCUGUUGACUCCUCUGCAGUCUUUUUGGAUAGACCUUUAGUAAAUCGCUCGGACAAAACGUCUUUGGAAGACGAAUCCGUCUUUACCUGCACUUUUUCCCAUCUUGAAAAGCCUGCAUAUUCUGUGACUGUUGGAGCUGAUGAAAAUUACGAAAUUUUGUUAUCGGAAGAUCAUUCAUUUGAAGAAAAAGAGAGUCUCGAUUUUCCUUCCGACUCUGAAGCUGAAACGCAAGAAUGUUGCAUCUCUAGUCAUUUAACCGACCAUAUGUAUUGUUCUACAGGAGAAGACAUUGCAAUUGGGGAAAAAUAUGAGGCCAAAAAUAUUUUAAGUUCUGCAGACACUUGUUUGCCAGUGAGUUUGGUAGAUGCUUUGGCCAGCGGAGCAUCUUUAAACCAAGUUGUUCAAUCAGGUGUUCUUGUGCCUGAUGUAAUUGAAUCUGAUCAUCACAUCUCCACCGUCUUUAGCAAUGAUCACACAUGUUUGUAUGAAGUGAUUUCUCCAAAACCGCGUUUGUCUUCGUCGCUUGAGGAAUUGCCAUUUGAUGACAAAAGUAUGGAUGCCGAGGUUGACAUAUUGGAUAACAUAGAAUAUAAUCAGGAAAUAUCAGGAAAUGAAGUUCCUCUAGCCAUUGAAGACAACUUUGCAGAAUGUGAUUUUCAGUCAUGUAAUGCAGCAAAAAAGGAUGUAUGCAACACAGAUGACAGCGUCUUAGAUUGCUCUGAAUUUCUUGUAAAGGCUGUAGUGGAUGAUAUUAAAAAUAACAACGUGGCAGACCAAGUCAAUCCAACUACAGACCCAUGGCAUUACUCGCCAUCUGUGAACAAUUUAAUGACCACGCCUACGGCAGAAAUCUAUGAAACUGUACCUGUGAUUGAUAAAAAUCAAUCGUCACUUAAACAUUCUGUGCUAAGGGAUGCAAGAUGUUCACAAGAAGAGAAGAAGAAUAACAAUGAUGCGUGCAAUAUUAAAAUGUUUAGCAAAAGUGAAAUACUUGAAUGUUCAGCUGUGCAUGGACUGUCUGAAGAAUUAAAAAAACCUGGUUAUCAAUCAUUUCAAACAGUGAUAAGUGGGAAGGAACAACCUGAAACAUGCAGUGCUGUUGAUGCUAAACUUGGGCAGGUGCUUUUGGAGCUUAAGCCUGAUGCACUUAGUAAAACUACUGCAGAGACUGCUACCACAUCAAAUAGCACUAUGCAAAAUGAAAGCUUUCAUCAAGAUAACAUUUUACUUGAGCAUGAUACAUGCCUAACUUUGUCGGAUUCAGAUCUUGAAAUUGACACCGUUCAGAAAAAGGAUCGUGAAAAUACGCAUUUGGAAUUUGAUUGUUCAUUUGGAGGCCACAUUGGGAUGGUGUGCCCGUUAUUGCCCGUGUCCAAAAUAAAGGCAGCAACCGAAGAACGAAAUUCAUCGCAUGAGCAGGCACCAGUUGCCCUUGUCCUCUCCACCCCGUGUAGGGAUCAAACACAAAGGGCCAUGGAGAGCAUAACUGUAGAAAGUGGGUCUGCUUUUAGCUUGAGUAAAGCUGAUCAUGUUAAGCAAGCUUCUUUUCCUAUUCUUGACCCUGUUGCCUUCCCUGAACCCACAAUGCUGACCAAGCCAAUUGUGGCUGAGGAUACUUCUGAGACAGGAUUCUCCAAAUCAGUGGGAGGUUUUCCCACACAUACCUCGUCCACUCUUGAGCGUGUCUGUCCAAAGGCUAAUACAGCUGCUACUCUGCCAGAUCCUCUGCAGGCUUGCCCUUCCCCUUCUCAAGAAUCCUUUCCUGUGUCAAUCGCAGCAAUUUCAUCUGCUGCUGUCAAUGAGCCUUCUCUUACUUCUCAGUCUUAUUUAGAUAUGAUUCAGCCUCCUGUUUCUCAAUCUGCAGCUAAUGUACCUAACCCAGAGGCCAGUCCUCAGUCACUUGCCCCUGAUUUUACAGAUAGCAAAUGUAAAGGAAUUGCUGCACAGCAUCAGCCAAUACUGGCUUCUCCAGAAGCCAACACUAAAUCAGCAGCAGCGUAUUCUGCCCUUGAGUCACCCAUUACAUCUGCUGUUUCUGUUGAGGUCAAUCAGAUACCUAUUCCCCAGCCCAAACUAGAAACUCCUGAUGCCCUAUCUAAAACUGGUGAUGUAAAACAGGCCCCUGAAGCUCAGGCUAAACCAGCUAAAGCAUUGGUUCUGGCAAAACCAGCAUCCCCCGAGGCUAAACCAGCUUCCCCUGAGGUCCAGGCUAAGCCAGCUUCCCCUGAGGUCCAGGCUAAGCCAGCUUCCCCUGAGGUCCAGGCUAAGCCAGCUGCCCCUGAGGUCCAGGCUAAGCCAGCUGCCCCUGAGGUCCAGGCUAAGCCAGCUUCCCCUGAGGUCCAGGCUAAGCCAGCUGCCCCUGAGGUCCAGGCUAAGUCAGCUGCCCCUGAGGUCCAGGCUAAGCCAGCUUCCCCUGAGGUCCAGGCCAAACCAGCUAUUCCCAAGGUCCAGGCUAAGCCAGCUUCCCCUGAGGUCCAGGCUAAACCAGCUGCCCCUGAGACUUCGGCUAAGCCAGCUUCCCCUGAGGUCCAGGCUAAGCCAGCUGCCCCUGAGGUCCAGGCUAAGCCAGCUUCCCCCGAGGUCCAGGCCAAACCAGCUUCCCCUGAGGUCCAGGCUAAACCAGCUGCCCCUGAGACUUCGGCUAAGCCAGCUUCCCCUGAGGUCCAGGCCAAACCAGCUUCCCCUGAGGUCCAGGCUAAACCAGCUGCCCCCGAGGUCCAGACUAAACCAGCUUCCCCUGAGGUCCAGGCUGAGCCAGCUGCCCCUGAGGUCCAGACUAAACCAGCUUCCCCUGAGGUCCAGGCCAAACCAGCUGCCCCCGAGGUCCAGGCCAAACCAGCUUCCCCUGAGGUCCAGGCUAAACCAGCUGCCCCCGUGGUCCAGACUAAACCAGCUUCCCCUGAGGUCCAGGCUAAGCCAGCUGCCCCUGAGGUCCAGGCUAAGCCAGCUGCCCCUGAGGUCCAGGCUAAGCCAGCUGCCCCUGAGGUCCAGGCUAAACCGGCUUCCCCUGAGGUCCAGACUAAACCAGCUUCCCCUGAGGUCCAGACUAAACCAGCUUCCCCUGAGGUCCAGGCUAAACCAGCUGCCCCCGUGGUCCAGACUAAACCAGCUUCCCCCGAGGUCCAGGCUAAGCCAGCUUCCCCCGAGGUCCAGGCUAAACCAGCUGCCCCCGAGGUCCAGGCUAAGCCAGCUUCCCCUGAGGUCCAGGCUAAACCAGCUUCCCCUGAGGUUCAGUCUAAACCAGCUGCCCCUGAGGUCCAGGCUAAGCCAGCUGCCCCUGAGGUCCAGGCUAAACCAGCUGCCCCCGAGGUCCAGGCUAAGCCAGCUUCCCCUGAGGUCCAGGCCAAGCCAGCUUCCCCCGAGGUCCAGGCCAAACCAGCUGCCCCCGAGGUUCAGGCCAAACCAGCUGCCCCCGAGGUUCAGGCCAAACCAGCUUCCCCCGAGGUCCAGGCCAAACCAGCUUCCCCCGAGGUCCAGGCCAAACCAGCUUCCCCCGAGGUCCAGGCCAAACCAGCUUCCCCUGAGGUCCAGGCCAAACCAGCUGAUGAUGAGGCUAAAUCCACUCAAGAAGUGGCCGAGGCUAAACCAACUGACCCAAAAGCCAGGGUUAAAUCAACUGCUCCCAAGGCCCAGGCUAAAUUAGCAGCCCCUGAGGUUCACGAAAAAUCAGCUGUUCAUGAGUUAACUGCCCCAGUUGCCCAGUCUAUACAAUCUGCACAUGAACCACUUCCACCAGUUGAACCGCAACAAAAAGCAGCUGCUAAAGUCCAGUCUAAGAAAAUUGACUCAGAGACUCAGUCUAAGAAAGACCAACCUAAGCCUCCUGCUCAAAAUGCUAAACAUAAGGCAUCCCCAUCCGAAGCCAAGUCUAAGCCUGACCCGAGCCUGGCUACACCUGAGCUCCAUGCUAAAGGCACCAAAUCUAAAGCUGAGGCCAAAGUACAAGUUCCAAAGUCUCCUAAAGGAAAACCUGAAAAACCAUCAGCUACCAACCUUUCCUCUCCUGCUGCCCCUGUGGUACCUUCAACCAUUGAAGAUGAACUGUCCCCCCUCAUUCCAGUCAAGGACAACGGCCCAGACCAUACAAUAUUAGAAACCCCUGUAGUUCUGGAUGGUGGGCCCACCCUGAAGCCAGCUGUAGUGAAGCAACCCGUCAUUAUCAAAGACAAGGGCUCUGGGACAGACUCGGACAGCGAUGACUCCAUUCCUGAACUGGAAGAAAGAACGGACAAAACUUUGCAGUCAGAGUCGCAGCAGGCUCAGCUUGCAGCUGCUGCAGAGCUCAAUGAAGAGAUGGUCAGCAAAGCCAAGCAGAGCCGCAGCGAGAAGAAAGCUCGCAAGGCCAUGUCCAAGCUGGGUCUGCGGCAAGUAGCGGGAGUGACCCGCGUCACCAUCCGGAAGUCCAAGAACAUCCUUUUUGUCAUCACCAAGCCCGAUGUCUUCAAGAGCCCGGCUUCGGACACGUACAUUGUCUUCGGAGAGGCCAAGAUUGAAGACUUGUCACAGCAGGCGCAGAUGGCAGCUGCUGAGAAGUUCAAGGUGCCAGGGGAGGCUGCACCAGGUGUGCAGGAGAGGGUGCAGCCAGCGCCAGUGCAGGAAGAGAGUGAAGAGGAAGAUGAGGUUGACGAGGGAGGGGUGGAGGCCAAGGACAUUGAGCUUGUCAUGUCCCAAGCCAAUGUGUCUCGCUCCAAGGCUGUGCGCGCGCUCAAAAACAACAGCAACGAUAUAGUCAAUGCCAUCAUGGAGCUGACAAUGUAGUUGCUGCCAAGAGAAGACAACAGUAGAGUAAUGCCAGGAAAGGUUUGGCGCCGUUUGCAUUGAGCUGUAUCUAAAUAAAAUUAUCACAUUUA